AUGGUAGGUUCAAGAGCUGCAAAAAUAGGAAAAAUCGCCUUAAUCUGGACACGUGCGAUGAACGUUACUAAUAUUGAGUUAGAUGGGUUGACCUCGAUAACGGACUUAUUUGAAGAUCUCGAUAGCAUUUCCUCUCUCACUGAUUUCGUAAAAUUUGUAGCCAAAGCACACAGAAACGGCGUCGAAAUAUUUUUUAGGUGCACGGCUGACACGAAUCCCCACGAUAGUCAAACAACCAUUCCGUGGAUCCACGAAGGGAAGCUCAGUUUACCAAAAGACUACUACCUCGAUCCAGACCACAAGGAGAUCCGCAACGCUUAUGUCGCCUACAUUAGUGAGGUUCUUAGCUUGGCUGAACUGAGGAAUGGCGAUUCGGUUGCACAAGAGAUAAUACAGCUGGAAACAGAAAUUGCUAAUUAUACGCUAUCAAAACUCGAGAAACAGCAAUUUAAAAAGAACUUUCAUUUAAAAACGCUUGACCAGCUCCCUUCCAGUUGGUUGUGGCAAGAAUACUUUGAAACUUUAGGUGAGGGCUACCUUGAGUACAGUAGGAUUAGUGCACUGUGUGUCAUAAAUCCAACAUUUCUGGAGUUUGUUAGCGGCCUUCUGGGGGAGAAGCUUAAUCGCUUAGAGUUGAUUCAGAAAUACGCUAAAUGGAAGAUACUUCUUACUUUCUCCCCUUUUCUCACGAAGGCUUUUUCUGCUGCGCAUUUCCGGUUUUUUGGGGAAAAACUAAGGGGUCAACCGGAGCCCGAGGAACGCUGGGUGUGGUUACUAGGUUAUUUAAAUCAGCACGCUGGCCAUCUACUUGGGAAACUGUACUGUGAUGCGUGCUUUCCCUCGUCCUCCAAGGAGCACGUGAUGGAAAUAGCAAGGACCGUCAUCGAGGAGCAGAAAAAAUUAAUUUCUGAAGUUGAGUGGAUGGAAGACAACACUAAGGCCCAUGCUCACGAGAAGUUGAAUAACCUUUUGCUAAAAGUUGGUUGCCCAGAUAAUUAUGAAGACUACAGCACCUUCACACCCUCUAAAAAAGACAGUUUUGUAGCCAUCAUUCGCCAGCUUUCUGUGUUCAACAUGAAAACGAACUUACUUCUUGCAAAUAAACCCACGGAUCGAGAAAAAUGGUUGGUGGCGCCUCAAGAAGCCGAUGGCUUUUACCACAUCUUUAGGAACGAGCUCAUUCUUCCCGCGGGUAUUCUGCAAGGCUUUUUUUACGACCCGGAUAGAGACCUUUGCGCCAACUACGGAGCUAUUGGAGCGGUGAUCGGCCACGAAUGCAUACACGGAUAUGAUGAGAGUGGAAAGGAGGUAAACUCUAGAGGAAAUAUGGUUAAUUGGUGGUCCUACGCAGAUACUAUAAGGUAUAAAAGGCGUGUGCAAUUAAUUGUAGAGCAGUAUUCCUCGAUAGAAGUUACUGAGAACCACUUUAUAAACGGCCAACUCACUGUGGGUGAGAACAUUGCCGACAUUGGAGGACUCAAAUGCGCCUACCACGCUAUGCAGACUGCUCUUAAAAAGCACCCGGAGGCGAACAGAAUUCUAGAUAAUUUUACUCCUGAGCAACGGUUUUUCGUCUCAUGGUGCCAGCUUGCCAGAGAAAAGUCUCGGGAAGCUUUCUUAAUUCACGGGCUCAAUGUAAGUCAGCAUUCACCCUUAAGAAUACGGGCAACUCAGCCACUGAAAAACUUGGAGGAAUUUUACCAGGCUUUUAACGUUAAAGAAGGAGAUGAAAUGUUUCUUGAGGAGGAUCUAAGAGUUAAUAUUUACUAAACUAUUAAGCACAACAACAUAAUGAGGCGGAUUUCCUUAUCUGGAAAUCUAGAAAGCUACUUUUACUCUUUAGCUAAUCAUUAAAGAGCGAGAUUUGUCCUUCUCCCGGGUUUAGGGUUUGUAGUAGCCUAGUGACUAGUAGCAUUGCCGCGCAUACUCGUGGCUGGGGAUUCCAUCCCCACCAACCCGACUUUCUUUUCGGUCUUUGCUGGUUUUACAUUUAACUCGCCCCCAUAAAUUUUGAAUUACCCAGUGUUCUACUCGCAGGCGGAAAAAUUGGUUUUAUCUUUAGGUAAAAGCUUAAACUAUGUUUA